UGCUUUGUCAGUUGCCUAAUGCAAUGGAGACCCUCGUGUUCAGCCUCCGCUGCCCAGUAUGCUUAUAUUGCGAGAUCCACCAAAUUGCAACCAUCCUUCCCAUAUCCAGUUAGCUCUACCCAGUUUUGCGGAGUGCCAGCUUUCCAGUACCGAGAUUUGAUAGUUGGACAAGUUUAGACGAGGAUUAUCAAUCGCAUCUUAUCAAUCUCAUCGCUCGAAUCAUGUAAGUAGUUAAUAGCUCUGUCCUCUUGCCCGACGUCGUACGGUUCUCGGUUCUUCAAACUCUUGGUUGAGUGUCUGUCCUUGCUUCUUUGAACUCCAUCCCUCUCUUUUAUCCACCAUGAAGUUCAUCACCUUGAGCUCGGCGCUCCUUGCGCUGAGCGAGACGGCAGCAGCCCGCCUGAGCCUCCGGAGCAACACCACGACUACCCGCAACACUACCUACGACUACAUCGUCGCGGGCGGUGGCACUGCGGGUAUCGUGGCCGCCGAACGCCUCGCCAACUCGGGACGCAGCGUGCUCCUGAUCGAGCGCGGCGGCACCUCCUUCUACAUGAUCGGCAACAACAAGACUAUGCCGUGGAACAACACCGUUACCAUGUACGAUGUUCCCGGUAUGGCUGACUUCACCGGUGCCUCGCCGGACCUCCAGUACUGCAGAGAUCUCGCCAUUGCCGCGGGAUGUCUGCUCGGUGGCUCCACGAUGCUUAACGCGAUCAUGUACAUCAAGCCUCGCUCCGCUGACUUCGCGACAUGGCCUGAGGAGUGGCAUUGGGAGAAUGGUGUCUCGGAUGCCGCGGAGGAGUUCUACAAGCGUCUCCCCGGAUCUAUCCUGGCGUCGGAGAAUGGCAAUCGUUACGACGACGGUGCCUUUGAGGUUAUGUCCAAGUUCUUGGAUGCUCAUGGCUGGAGCGAGCAAGAUGCUCUGAACGACCCUGAGUCCAAGGAGCUCAUGUACUCGCACCCUGCGUGGUCGAUCGCUCACGGCCUGCGUGACAGCCCCGUCCGCGCAAUCCUCCCCAACUUCACCCUGGAACUCCACUCCAUGGUCCUCCGCGUCAUCCGCGACGGCAGCCUCGUCACCGGCGUUGAGGUCGAGCACGACGGGGUAGCCCGCGAGAUCAUUAAGCUCAGCAAGGGUGGAUCCCUCAUCCUCGCCGCCGGCUCUCACUCCACCCCUCGCGUCCUCUUCAACUCCGGCAUCGGCCCCGCCAAGCAGAUCGACAUCGUCGCCUCCGGCACCACCAACAUCCAGUUGCCGCCCAAGGAGCAGUGGAUCGACCUUCCCGUCGGCGAGAACCUCAAGGACCACGGCAUCGCGACCGUCACCUUCACCACAAAGGAGGAGCUCAUUGCGCUCCCUAAGACUGCGUGGACUGACCCUGACCAAGAGACUGUUGACCUCUUUGCUCAAGGCAGCGGUCUCAUGGCCCAGGCUGGUCAACGUCUGAACUUCUGGACCAGCGUUAACACUACCGACGGUGCUACUCGUCACGUUCAGGGUACUGUCCGUGCAGACAGCAACAACACCAUCGGCGUCAAGGUCUACCUGACCCAUGGCACCACCUCCACCGGUACCGUUGAGAUCACGCCCAGCGGAGCGACCAACAUGACCAAGAACCCCCUCAUGCACACUGAAGGCGAUAAGGAGGCUCUCACCACCUUCGUCGACCAGCUCCUCCAGUGGGCUCGCGAACCCAACAGCAUCCUCACCGUCCCUGAGAACGCUACCGCUGAAGCGCUGGUGGCUGCUAUCGGUGGUGGAAGCCAUUACCUGGGCACUACUCAGAUGGGUACCGCCAACGAUGGCAAGAGCGUUGUCGACCCUGAUACCAAGGUUUGGGGCACUGACAACCUCUUCGUUGUGGAUGCUAGCAUGCACCCCGAGGUUCCUACCGGUAACACACAGGCCCCCAUCAUGGUGGCUGCUGCUUAUGCCGCCAAGAGAAUCUUGGAUCUUGGCCUCAACCUUGGCUGCUAGAUUAACUCACGAUCACCAGAUAAGGUGGCGAUUGAGAUUAAGUUUGGGAUGUGAUACCCCAUUUGUACAAAUAAACAACACAUGGAGUUGCCAGUACUCGUAAAGUUUCAAUGUUAAUCCCGUAGAACAUACUCUUCCUCACUUCCCUUGAGUGCACAGACAGUACGUCAUUGUAAUAUUGUUGGGAUGGUUUCUGUCGUCAUAGAUCAGAUGCGAAAACCCUCUUCU